AGUUGCCACGUCAGCAGGCCACGUCAGCAGACCACGUCAGCAGGCCACGUCAGCAGAUUAUGUCAGUACAUCAGCAGGCCACGUCAGUAGGCUACAUCAGCAGGUCACAUCAGCAGGACACGUCAGCAGUGCCACGUCAGCAACAGGGGAUGCCACAUCAGCAGGCCCCGGCCUAGUCUAUGCUAUUGCGUUCACAUACAGCAGUCAUGGACCAGAGGCCCGGAGAAGCAAACGAGGCUUAUCAUGCCCGCAUGCUGGCAUGGAGUACCGAAACAAAGAAACGAGCAGAUGACGCUGCAGCAGCAGCAAAGAAGAAGGCAGAGGAUGCCGAGCAGGCACGUCUGCUGGCGAUUGAACAACAGCGCCAGCAUGACGAGGCAGCAGCAAGGGCCGCCGAUGAAGAAAGACACCAACGUCAUGAGAAGAUAUUUACCGGAGAGCAGGCUUUACUCACAAUGGCAGCGGACUGGCGGACCGAGGCGGAGAAUGGCAAGUUGGAGGAUAGCGCAAACAAGAUAGCGCUCCUCCUCUCGCACCUCACAGACCUCUUGGCAACCUGCAUUACACAGCAGGAGGAGAUCCACGGUCUCGACAACUCGCUAGCUCACGUCCAAGACCGCCUUCAGCAGUUGGAGCAGCGACCAGUCGCCGCCGCCGAUGCAAGCUCUUCCAAUACCUCUGACCGCCUCAACGCAUUAGAGAUGGACGUCGGCUCACUCAAAGAUGGCGUGCAAUUACAGCAGACCGCAAUGCAACAGUUGCAGCAGCGGAUCUGUACCACCGCCAAUACCUCGAGUUCGGAGCCGCGCGAGACAGCUCCAAAGUUUGACGGUCAGAAGAUCUUCUGCGACUCGAUGAAGACAGAUCCGAUUCCAUGGUUCCGCAAGUUCGAGCUCACGCUGCAGCUGCACAACGUCAAAGAACACAAGCACCACGCAUACUUGUACUCUCGCUCAGGGGGCGCGUGCCAGGCUUGGUUGGACAACCUCUUGUCCAAGUACGGAGUGAUAGCUGCCGACUUGCACACCAAGAUCAGUUGGGAUGAUCUGAAGGCGGCGUGGCACAAGAGGGUCCAGGUGGAGCCGCCGGAGAUCAAGGCCACGGACAAGCUCAUGAUCUUCGAGCAAGGCGCGCUGCCGAGUACGAACUGGAUCGCCGAGUACCAACGCUUGAUGUCAGUCCCAGACAUCCAGAUGGGCUUCAAAGCCAUCCGCCAUUACUUCAUCUCAAGGUCAUGUCCGGCAUUAAGCAAUGCCCUGACGCAUGUUGAGGACACCUUGACGACGACGGCGGAAUUGUUUGACAAGGCCGCGCAGAUCAUCAUCACGAACAAGGAGGCCAAGAACCUCCGUUCAUCUGCGUCAGGCCCGAGCAGGGACCAGCAUCGGCCAAGAGUGGUCGUGGUCGCAGCGGCAACUCUGUUUGAUCAAUCCAGCGAGGCUGUGUCUACCAGUGAAGGGGACAGACUCGCAGCCGCCCAGGAAGACGCAGGUCUGCCCAUUGAAAGGCAAGGGCAAACAGGGAAACUGUGCACCGCAGAGAGUGACUCGACGACACUCUCGACGCCUUCGGAACCGGUUUCUUCGCGAGUAACCGGCCUUCAUUCCGAGGCGCACGCGGAAGUCGAUAGUCCUCCUCUUCUACUCUCUUUCGAGGACUAUGCUGCCCAGCUCGUUCCUACGCUGGGUACUCAAGCUCAAGGACAAGAAGUGUGUGCGGUUUCUUCUCCGUCCGGCAACGGUGACAUAUCGUCUUCAAGUGGUUCUUUACGGGAUUCGGCACGCGAGUUCAACGUAGAGGCAUUGGACCCGCUCACGUCCGAGGACUUUGCAUGGCUUCCUCUCCCAACCACAGGCCGCUUGCCGGGACCGCAAUGCGCAGCACUUAGCGCUAAUCUUCACACUUACUUAUCCUUCUAUGCACCACCAACUUCGCCGACGGAUGACGAAGUCGCGGUGGGGGACAUCCUGGCGUAUACUACCAAGGUGGCCCGCGAGUUUCGCACGCAGCGGUACGAUGACAACAACGCACCGCUCAUGUAUGUCCGCAUUCAGGUUGGGCAAGCGUCCUGCAGCGCUUUGCUGGAUAGCGGCGCGUCUCCCAAUUUCAUGAGUCAGUACUUUAUGCAAAAGGCUGGCCUUGGCGCACAAGUUCGGAGGAAGGCAAACCCGACGACAAUCAAGUUGGCGGAUGGAAAGACGAAACAACUUCUCGACCGUUACAUCGAGGCCGUACCGGUCAACUUCGCACCUCAUGCAUGCGAACCGGUGACAUUCGAUAUUCUCGACACGGACUUCGACAUCAUUUUGGGAAUGCCUUGGCUUGCAAGUGCGGAUCACACGAUCAACUUCCACCGACGGACUCUUAGCGUUCGCGACGCCUUCGGCGCGGAAGUGGCGUGUACUAUUCCUCUACCGCACCCUUCGAUCCGGUGCCAAGUGGUGACGACCAAAUCAUUCCGGGCGACUUGCGCUUACGAGCAGCCCGAGGAGAUCGGCCUAUGUUUUUUAUGGACCGUCGCGGUAGCCGACUCUUCACCCACGGACUUGUCUUUGGACCCCCGUGUGGUACGGUUGCUGGACGAGUUCGCCGACAUCUUCGAGUCACCUACCGGUGUGGUGCCGGAUCGGCCGAUCUCUCACGAGAUCAUUCUUGAGGCCGGUGCCGUGCCGCCGAAAGGUUGCAUCUAUCGGAUGAGCGAGGAGGAACUUGAGGUCCUCCGCGCACAACUCGACGAUUUAUUGGCCAAGGGUUGGAUCCGCCCUAGCAGCUCCCCAUAUGGAGCACCAGUUCUCUUCGUCAGGAAGAAGAACAAGGAUCUACGACUGUGUAUCGACUACCGCAAGCUCAACGCGCAAACCGUCAAGAAUGCGGGGCCUCUUCCUCGCAUCGACGAUCUUCUUGAGCGAUUGGGCGGCGCAAAAUAUUUUUCCAAGUUGGAUUUGAAAUCAGGAUAUCAUCAAAUCUCGAUCCAGCCGAACGACCGCUACAAGACCGCGUUCAAGAUGCGGUACGAGCAUUUCGAGUGGGUGGUCAUGCCUUUUGGCCUCACCAACGCCCCGACGACCUUUCAGGCGGCAAUGAUCAAUGAAUUCCGUGCAAUGUUGGACCGAUUCGUGCUGGUCUACUUAGACGAUAUUCUCGUCUAUAACCGGUCAUUGGAGGAUCAUCUUGGGCAUCUUCGACGAGUGUUGGAGACGCUCCGCCGCGCCAAGUACAAGGCCAACCGCGACAAGUGUGAAUUUGUCCGGCAGGAGCUGGAAUACUUGGGCCAUUUCGUCACACCGGAGGGCAUCAGUCCGCUAUCGGACAAGAUUCAGGCCGUCCGAGAGUGGCCUGAGCCUCGGAAUGUCACAGAUGUCCGCUCGUUCCUCGGUCUCGCCGGCUACUAUGAGCGCUUCAUCAAAGGCUACUCGAAGAUCGCGGCCCACUUGAACAAGCUUCAAUGCGAGGAUCGGUCGUUUGACUUCGGAGAGGAGGCGCGGGGAUCAUUCUUCGCUCUCAAAGCCGCGCUAUUGUCUGCGGAGGUCUUGCGGAUAUACGAACCGCUCUUGCCUACGCGCAAAGUGCACAUCGUGCAUUCUAUUGAUGAUGCACGCAAGAAAGAGCUCCUCGCCUUCGUCCACGCGCUCAAGCGGUGGCGGCACUUCCUCCUUGGUCAAAGCCAAUUUCGCUGGGUAACGGACAACAAUCCGUUGUUCUUUUACAAGACCCAAGACACCAUCAAUAGCACCAUCGCUCGAUGGAUGGCUUUCAUCUACCAGUUCGACUUCUUUCCCGAUCACAUUCCCGGGAAGUCGAACCGUUUUGCGAAUGCUCUUUCACGGCGUCCGGAUCAUUGUACCGCGGUCUACUUAACGUUCGAGAUCGACGACGCCCUGCGGAACAGUUUCAUCCGCGGCUACCAAGCCGACCCCAAGUUUCGCGACAAGUACGCGAAUUGCUCCUCUCCUAAUCCGGCUCCUUCUCACUACUGGAUCCAAGAGGGGUACUUGCUUGUCCACACGCGGGGGAAGGACCUUCAAGUGAUCCUCACUUGCGUACACGGCUUCUUGGCGAGUUCCACGAUGCUCCCGCCACCGGACACUUUGGAGUCAAUCGUACGAUUGGCCAACUUCGCCAGCGAUUUUGGUGGCUCGGCCUUCUCGGCGACGUCACGCGCUAUUGCGAGUCAUGCGAGGUUUGCCGACGCUGCAAAUCCCACAACCAUCGUCUGUAUGGCGAGUUACGACCAUUGCCAGUUCCGUUGAGGCGAAGGGAAGCGAUUGCCAUGGACAUUACCGGCCCGUUCCCCAAGCACAAGACC